GUAAAACAGGGCAGGUCUGAUCGGGACUCACUCGAGCAGGAAAGUAUCUGACAGGAUCUGCCUCAAAGCUACCGGAGGACGUUGACUGUGUCUCAUGAGUGUGACCCACGUGAAUUGAGUGGAUUAUCGACACAAGUGGAAAACUGCACGAGCAUAUAAGGACUUGACAAGACUGUAGCGAUUACAAACUUUCGACGUGGAUCUCAUGAGGAAGUUUUACGCUGCGCGAGCGUUCCACGCCAUUACGCGGUCUGUUUGAGCUUCUUGGAUUUAAUGUGGCUAAAGUAAAGUAUGGAUAUACAGUAAUAUGAGUCUGAGCCCCAAAUCGCUUAAAUGUGCCAGGAGAACAGCCUGCCUCAGAUGAUCGGACCACAGAAAUGUUGCCACGCAUUCGUGUUUGAGUGCAGGGAGUUUACAGGAGGACUGCGCCCCUCUGUGGCUACGCACACACAUUUCGGGUUUACCACAGACAACUACUCGCCGAGUUUCACUAUUAGUUUGUCCAUGCGACCGUAAAUAUAAACAAAAUGAACACUGUUUGUAUUGACAGGUAAUACCACAUCCCGUUCCCAUUAUCGCGAUAUUUACAACGUCUAAUCAUGAGACACGCAUGACGCUGGUUCUACUUUUAUUCUGUAAGAUGUUGUCAAGAGCCAUUACGUUUUAGCCUAGUAAUUUCCUCAUUGGCUCAAGUGCUUUAACAGUAAUGUAUCACUGGGUUUUAAAUUACAGUAUCUCUCAGUAAACAGACUGAAAAACACUCCAAACAAGGUUGACAAUCGGGUUUUGGUAUUGUGCAAACAUACUCUGUGAAUGUGACACUUUGCACAGUAAAAUGAAGUUUCGGAAGUAUUUGAGGGGCAGUAAAAGGGUUCUGGCAUUUGUGUUUGUCGCCUCUGUAAUCUGGUUACUUUUUGAUAUCGCAGCACUGAGGAUGUCCUUUAACGAUGCAAAUCAGGAUCUCAAAGAGAGAGAGUUUGCUCAGAAACAGGGAAGAAGGAGAGACAAUAUAGAGGAUAUGGGCUUUAAACAUCCACUGCAAGUAGUAAACAUAGACAAAAGGGCGUUUAUUAAAAAGGGCAGUAGGUUUGAUAGAAAUGUUAACAAUGUGUACAGAAAGGGGGAAAAGGCAAGACCAGAAAACCAAACUCUUCUACAGAACCAUUUGAAUCCGAAGUUAAAUGGUGGGAAAGCUUAUAAGGAGGACAUCAAUCAAAGCAAUGUGCAUAUAACCGUGAAAUCAGUUGUGAAAGAAACAAUUGUCAUCAUCCCUAAAAAAAGCAACGAAACGAAUACUAUGAUCAAUGUCAAAGCAAACAAUGUGGCCAAAAUGAAAGGAACACAUUUAGCUGAUGAAGUACAUCACAGGAAUGACACGGUAGCAGUGUCGCAUAGGGAUGUUGGUUUGCAUGAGAACCUAGUCAAUAAUUUGCUCAAACCUGGAAAUGAUAAAUCAGACUUCAUUAUUGACAGUACAGAAAUACAUUCUUCCAACAAAACUAAAACGCAUUUCGUUCAAAAACCAACUGAACUUAACCUUCACGGGCUGUCAGAGGAACCAGUAAUGCUAUUUAACUCCACUGAUGUAAGGAUGAGAAGAUCAGGACGGCUUCAUAAGAUCAUGGCCCUUGAUGUGACUGACCGGCCCAGAGACCCACAGGCUAUUGGUCAGUUUGGACAGCCUGCACAGGUCCCCAGAGAUAAAGAACCCGAGAGCCGAAGACGCUGGGGCGAAGGACAUUUUAAUGUGUUCCUGAGUGAUCAGAUACCAGUAGACAGGGCCAUCCCGGACACCAGACCCCAUUCAUGCUCAGAGAGCCUUGUUCAUGAUGACCUACCCUCUACCAGUGUGAUCUUCUGCUUUGUGGAUGAGGUUUGGUCCACUUUGCUGCGUUCUGUACACAGUGUACUUAACAGGUCUCCUCCGCACCUGCUGAAGGAGGUCAUUUUGGUGGAUGACUGCAGCACCAAAGACUACCUGAAGGAGCAGCUGGAUGUGUAUAUGUCUCAGUUUUCUAAAGUACGAAUCAUCCGUCUAAAAGAAAGACAAGGCCUCAUCCGAGCCAGGAUUGCUGGGGCCGAUGCCGCUACAGGUGAAGUCUUGACAUUUCUGGACUCUCAUGUUGAGUGUAACAUAGGAUGGCUGGAGCCGCUGUUAGAAAGAGUUUACCUGGACCACAGAAAAGUUGUCUGUCCUGUUAUUGAGGUCGUCAACGAUAAGGACAUGAGUUAUAUGCUGGUUGAUAAUUUCCAAAGAGGGGUUUUCAGAUGGCCAUUGGUGUUUGGCUGGAACGCUCUGCCAGAAGAAUAUAUCAGAAAGAAUCAGAUGAAAGAUUCAGACCCCAUCAGGUGUCCUGUUAUGGCAGGUGGUCUUUUCUCUAUAGAUAAGAAAUAUUUUUAUGAGCUGGGGUCAUAUGACCCAGGCCUGGAUGUGUGGGGAGGUGAAAACAUGGAAAUCUCUUUUAAGAUCUGGAUGUGUGGUGGUGAGAUUGAGAUUAUCCCCUGCUCUCGUGUGGGCCACAUUUUCCGCGGUGAUAACCCUUAUAAAUUCCCUAAAGACCGUGUGAAGACAGUUGAAAGGAACUUGGCCAGGGUAGCAGAGGUGUGGUUGGAUGAAUAUAAAGAGAUCUUCUACAGUCAUGGCUACCAUCACCUGCUGGACAAGAGCAUAACUGAUAUCGGAAAUUUGACGGAACAGAUUCAACUAAGAGAAAAACUCAAAUGCAAGAGCUUUAAAUGGUACCUGGACAAUGUCUACCCAGAUCUGAAUGCCCCUUUGGUCAAGGCGGAUGGGCUGAUAUUUAACGUUGGGACCAGAAAAUGUUUGAUCUUUCAAAAUGGCAUUCUGUCUUUUGAUAAAUGUGAUUUAUCAAAUAAGAGUCAGCACUUUAGUUACACCUGGUUAAGGCUGCUUCGACACAACACUUCCUGUGUAGCUCCCCGGGAAAUGCACGUGAUCAUGGAACCAUGUGACAACGCCAAGCCACACCUACGCUGGGUGCACAAGUCUAGUGCAGUUUUGACGGAACAUCUGAUGAUGGAGGGACAUUCCCAACCCAUGUGUCUGGAGGCUGAAAAUAAUAGUGAUGGCAUACUCCUGAAAGGCUGUGAUUCCAUCAACACUCUACAAAAAUGGCAGUUCACACACUACUACACUCAGUGACGUACUCAAAAUAUCGCAGCUUCAGCACCAUCACCACUCGCUGUCACAGACAACAGGGGUUUUUUUGGUUAUGUAAUGUUCUUUUCUUGUUUGUAAAGUUUAGGAUGUUUGUAUAACUGUGGUACGGUUAAAUAUAUUUGGGGUUUAGAACAGAAGGGCUUCAGUGGGCCUGUAUCACGAAGCGAGAUGAACAAACGCUGAGUUGCAGAGUAAGUUUUGAGUUGACAAAACCAGACAAACCCUACCUGGUUCAGAUCAGGUUCAGCUGUAGCACAGCGCUUGGUAUCAACGUUCUCUGUCAACUCCGGUUUGAUCCAGAGUUUGUGAGGCGCGUGCACCUGAAAGUGUGACACGUGCGGCAAACAGCCAAUCACACGGAACAUGGAAUGCACCAUCGGUUUGAUUGACUUCUCGCGAGUAUUUAUGAAAAAAUGUGAUGAAUUGAAACACGUUUACAAGGCAGGAAUAAACACUGCUACAGUGAAAGUUUGAGAAGGCAGCUACUGACUAUAUCAAUGCAGAAUCAACUGAAUUUAAAUUAUUUAUAUAGGUUUACAAAUCUAAAGAUAAUAUGUAUGCUUCAUUACUUUAAAAAGCGUUAUAUAUUAAAGUUGGGGUUUAUGCAAAUAUAGAUAUAUUAAUUUAAAUGCUGUGUUUAAAAUUAUUUAAUAAAUAUGAAUUAUCAACUCACAUAAUAAUUAUAUGAAUGUGUUUUGAACUAUAAUUAUUAAAUGUAAAUUUACAAUACAAAUAAACACUAAGCAGCAAAAGAUUUCUCACCAACCUCUUUUCACUUUAAACUUUUUCUAAUUUGGAGCGAGAGACACGUGGGGAGUGGUAUUCGUCAUUUUUCUCAGAUCCAGUUUUGCGAUCUCUAACCCAGAAUAAAACCUGCUCCGGAUCAGGUUAGCCGUGUAGCCGUGUAAGUUAUCAUGGCGAGGAAACCCGUUCAAAACCAAUCCACCUUCUUGAGCCCGAAAACUCAGAGUAUGUGCAAACUAAAUGCAAACUUACCUGGGUAAAAACCCAAACUGGCUUCGUGAUACAGGCCACAGGUCUCUCUUGGCUAAUUUGUUAUUAGUAUUUUGGUGUUUGGGUAAGAUGUCUUUGGGUGUAUAUAUAUAAAAAACACAACUUUUAUAUUGAAGUGCAUUUAAAUAUGGUUUGAACAAAGUUAUGUUUGUUUCAAUACAACAGUGUUGGUGAGUUCAUUUGAUUAACUUAUUUUUGUAAUAAAUAAAUAAACAA